UGACAUUUUAAUAAAAAACAGAGGUGAAGUGAUUUUCUCAUAUUUUGCAAUUUUCUACAAUUAUUCUAAACAGCAAAAUGUAUUUAUUAUAAAUUGGUAUACUAUUUACGAAGCAUAUUGCUACCUUUUUAUUUAGCUUUAGUCUAAUAAAUUUAAUAUGUAUCCGUCGGACUAGGAUUAAGUAAUAAUAACGUACGUAUACCGUUACAAUAUUUAAUAUCACCAUGGCACAUAGAGACCCUGGACCUAUACCAAAUCGAUGGUUGAACUGCCCAAGAAAAUCCACUACUUUGAUAGCUAAAAAGUUCGUUGCAUUCAAGACUCCACUUGGUAAUCAGUUCAAUGAUAAAGUGCCCGAAGGAAACCGUUUUACUCCAUCUAUGCUCUUUGAUUAUAUUAAGAAUAGUUUGAAAAUGAAACUUGGGCUAUGGAUUGAUUUAACAAAUACAGAUCGUUUUUAUGACAGAAGAGAGAUUGAAAAAAUGGAUUGUAAAUAUGUUAAACUAUCAUGUCGUGGCCAUGGAGAAACACCAACUCCUGAAAAAACAAGGGAGUUUAUUAACUUAGUUGCCAAGUUUAUCUCACAACAUCCACAAGAAAUAAUUGGUGUCCAUUGCACCCAUGGCUUCAAUAGAACAGGCUUCAUGCUGGUCUCAUUUAUGGUGGACCAAUUAGAUUGCAGCCUUGGUGGAGCUUUAGCAGAAUUUUCUAAUGGAAGGCACCCAGGUAUAUACAAACAAGACUAUAUUGAUGAGCUUUCGAAGAUUUAUUAUGACGAGGAUUUUAAACCUGUGGCUCCUCCUAGACCAGACUGGUGUAAUGAAGAGGAAGAAGAAUUCGAUGAUGAAGAAGUUCCAAGCAAUUCGCAGGCUUCCCAGAGCUCACGAACCCAUAAAAAAUCUAAAAAAGGUAAGAAGGAAAGGGUGAUUACAAAGACAACCUUCAUGCCUGGCAUACAUGGUGUGGAACCAUUACAUACCCAGCCACGACUGAGUGAGGUCCAGAAGUUAGUCCAGUCAUAUUGUAAAUGGGACAGCACAGGAUUCCCUGGGUCACAACCAGUUUCCAUGGAUUUGGAAAAUAUUAGCAAGUUAAGUAUGAUGCCAUAUCGGGUGUCAUGGAAGGCUGAUGGUGUCAGAUACAUGAUGUUGAUAGAGGAUAAGGAUAAAGUGUACAUGAUAGACAGAGACAACUGCGUGUUCCAAGUGCACGGACUUACAUUCUUACACAACACGGAGAAACGUCACCUGAAGAAAACAUUGCUCGAUGGUGAAAUGGUGGUUGAUACAGAACAUGGGGAAAAUAAGCAUCGGUUUCUGUGUUACGACAUUAUUCGGUUUGAAGACAUGAAUGUAGGGAAGGAAGCUUUCUAUCCCGUGCGACUCACCUGUCUGGAUAAGGAAAUCAUUAGACCAAGAACACGUGCCAUAGAGGAGGGCUUCAUUAAAAAAGAACGCGAACCAUUUCGCGUUGUGCUGAAAUAUUUCUGGGAUGUCACCAUGACUGAACAACUGUUGGGUGAAAAGUUUGCCAAAACCUUACACCACGAGCCCGACGGACUUAUAUUCCAGCCAUCCAAAGAGCCCUACGUACCGGGACCCUGUGAAGAUGUAUUGAAAUGGAAGCCCGGACACAUGAACAGUGUUGACUUUCUACUAAAGAUUGCUGUGGAAUCAGGGCCAGGCAUACUCCCAAGAAAAGUUGGUCAGUUGUAUGUGGGCUCACAGAGUGUGCCGUUUGCCCACCUGAGGAUGACGAAGAGCAUCAAGCACUUGCACAAUAAGAUAAUAGAAUGCAAGUUCGAGAACAACGAAUGGAUGUUCAUGCGCCAACGAACGGACAAGUCCUAUCCUAACAGCUACUCGACAGCUAUGUCGGUCUGCAAUUCUAUUCAGUAUCCGGUAACAAAAGAAGCACUCAUACACUACAUAGCAACUCAGAGGUUCAAGGACGAUAGUGAACUUAUGGCAGCACCUUCAAAACGAAGACGUACGUAGUGUACGAACAAUGAUUUAUAGAUUAAUUACAACAAUGUAUUAAGCUAAUUUAAUUAAUGUGGACUCGUCUUUGUAAGCAAUGUUGUGGAAUAUAUAUUUCACAUGA